AUGCCUCUACCGCCACGCGCCUUUGCCUCACUCGGAUAUUUCCUUUUCGGAUAUGAUCUCGGUGUGAUUGCCGAAGUGAUUGCGUGCCCGUCGUUCGCAAGCAAAUUUGCAGCCAAUGCAACCCAGUCUGGUUUGGUAGUGUCCAUGCUCACUACUGGUGCCUUCUUCGGAGCUGCUUUGGCCGGACCAACUGGUGAUUAUCUAGGCCGAAGAUGGACCAUUGCCAUAGGUUCCUUGAUUUUCUGCCUGGGUGGAGGAUUGCAGACUGGCGCUCAGAAUAUUUCCUAUCUGUAUACUGGUCGAUUCUUCGCCGGUUUCGCAGCCGGCAUCUUGACUAUGAUUGUCCCACCAUACCAAGCCGAACUGUGCCAUCCCGAUAUUCGAGGAAGAGUGACUUCCCUGCAACAAUUCAUGCUUGGUGUCGGUGCUCUCUGUGCCUCUUGGAUCAGUUACGGAACUUAUAUUGGGUUCUCGCCAUCUGAUAGUGCCCAAUGGCGAGUUUCAUUGGGCAUCCAAAUCAUUCCUGCAGUCAUACUAGGAAGUCUUAUCAUGAUAUUCCCCGAGUCACCGCGUUGGCUAAUAGACAAUGGCCGCGAAGCAGAGGGCCUAAAAGUACUUGCUCGGCUGCAUAGCCAUGGUGAUGAAAACGAUUCAUGGGUCCGGGCCGAAUUUAGCUUGAUUCAGGAAAGCAUCACUUUCGAGCAUGAGAAUGAGGCCAAGUCGUAUGUUGAAUUGUUCACAUCACGGUCUGCUUUCCGCCGCUUGUUCUUGUGCUGUGCCUUGCAAGCUUCCAUUCAGAUGACCGGCGUAUCGGCUAUCCAGUACUACUCUGUUGAGAUUUUCAACCAAAUCGGCAUCAGUGGUGACCAGACCCUUCGGUAUCAAGCUAUUAAUUCCGUGAUCGCUCUAUUGGGAGAAUUUAGUUGCAUGAUGCUCAUCGAUCGAUUCGGACGUCGUUGGCCGCUGAUUAUGGGCAAUCAAGCAAAUAUGGUGACUUUCAUUAUUGCCUGUAUCUUGUUGGCUUUAUACCCACCGGAAGCCAAUAACUCGGGCGCUCACUGGGGUUUCAUAAUCAUGACCUGGUUGUAUAACUUUUCCUUCUCAGCCACCUGCGGACCUUUAUCUUGGAUUAUUCCUGCCGAAGUGUUUGAUACACGAACGCGCGCGAAAGGUGUCUCUAUUGCCACCAUGACAUCAUUCGCAUUCAACACAAUGAUUGGCCAAGUCACACCCAUUGCGAUGCAAAAUGUGCGAUACCGAUACUGGGUUGUGUUCAUCAUCUGCAACUUCACGAACGCCCUUUUCUUCUGGCUCCUCAUGCCGGAAACGUCAAAGCUUCCUCUCGAGGAAAUGAACAGCCUUUUCACAAAUGCGCCAUGGAUUGUGGUUGGGUUGAAAAAGGAAGAUUAUGUGUCACAUCUUGAACGCCGCUUGGAAGAGGUGGAAGGAAAGAUUGAAUCGAACGCAGCACACUAUGAGUGA